CUAUUACUGUCACGUACCGGAUGUAACAAGGGUGACAUUUAGAGCAACGAAAGGGAAGGCAUGGUUCAAAAUAUGUUGUGAGACCCUUGUCCUUGUGGUUCUGUUGUAAUUUGUAUAUAUUUAUAUUUAUGUGAAAAGGUAUAUAUUAAAGAGCGCAAUGUGGAGCUGUCGGCUUCUUCUGCAGCGGGGAACUCGACUCGUUUCUCCCCGAGCAGCUGGAAGUCCUGCCAAUUUGGUGUGCUGCAUUAGGACAGUUAAGACUACAACAUGGUUUGAAGAACACCUCACAGAGGACAACCAGGAGUACAUGAGGAAGAGUAUGGCAGAGGAAAUCAGAAGACAAACAACAGAAAAGCUCAACCCACUCAAAGACGAGCUUUGGCAGCGGAAUGAGUGGACAGAAGGGAGCCGCAGAGUUGGGUUAGUAGCCAUCAAGUUGGGGAUGGCUCCUAUCUGGACAAAGACAGGAGAACGACAUGUAGUCACCAUGUUACAGGUGCAGGACUGCCAUGUCCUGAAGUAUCUGUCCAAAGAAGAAUAUGAUGGACACACUGCCGCACUCAUGGUCGGAGGGAAAAAUGUAUCACCAUUCCAAAGGUCUGAAGAGGAUAUGGAGAUAUUCAGGAAUGCAGGCGUGCCUCCGAAACAGAAAGUCACCACAUUCAAAGUCUCUGACAACGCCAUUAUCAAGCCUGGCACUCCUCUGUACGCAGCUCAUUUCCGACCUGGACAAUAUGUGGACGUCACGGCCAAAUCCAUCGGUAAGGGUUUCCAAGGCGUAAUGAAGCGAUAUGGUUUCAAAGGUCAGCCAGCCACCCACGGCCAAACGAAAACUCACCGCAGGCCAGGAGCUUCCGGGCCUGGAGGGGAUCCAGCCAAAGUGUUCAAAGGGAAGAAGAUGCCUGGCAUGAUGGGCAACAUCUUCAUCACAGCUUCUGGACUGAAGAUAUGGAGGGUCAAUACCAAGUAUAAUGUGCUGUAUGUUAACGGCUCUGUCCCUGGUCACAGGAACUGCUUACUGAAGGUAAGAGACUCAGUAUUACCAACCAGAAGCUCCACCCUGCUCAACCCUCCUUUUCCAACAUACUUCACUGAAGAGGAAGGCGACCUUGAUGAAGACCUCUACGAUGAGAACUUAUUUGUUCACACAGAGCCAUCAUUAACACUGACUUAACCACAUAUACACACACCUCAACUUUUCACCCUAACUCUGAAAACUUUGUCUGAAUCCUGUAAUAAAUAGUAAUUGCUUUGAA